CGGGGAGCGAGCCUAAAAGGGAUCUUUUUUUGGGGGGGGGGGGGCUUUUUUUGCAACCCUCAAAAGCUGCUGGGCCACCGGUGGGGGACGACAGUUUCUUCUCUUCCUGCAUCUUCUUUCUUGGGAAAAAGAGAAAGAUCUGAGCUGGCCAGGAAACCAGGCUUGUGUUCCAUACCGCUUGCUGGUGGCGACGAUGAAACGGCUGGCAUGGAGGGCGUCGCUGACAGGUCCAUCUUUCUUGGGCAGAACCCGGGCGUGCUCCUCCGAUUCCACUGCAGGUCUCCUGCUUCAGGAGAAGAUGGCUCCAGGUACUGAUAUUGCUGUCAAAGAAGAGCAGCGCAUGAAUCCUCUUGGCAUCCAGAUGCUCUCGAAGGGUCUUCACGAGCAGAUUUUCCGGGGGGCCGAAGUCCGUUAUUCGGAGGAGGACAUCCAGAAGAGCGUAGAACACUUGCAGAAACAUGACUUGUGGGGCAAAGAGACCUCCAUCAUUCCUGAUGUGGAAUUGCAGCUUCCCCGGAUGUAUGGCAAUAACAUAGAUGAACAUUUCUGCCGCUUGGCUGAGGCGCAAAGCCUCCCCUAUCUGGAGGCUGCCAAGGAACUUAUUCAGCAUGAGAUGCCGCCGAGGCCCACGGAAUGGGCCUGGGAGGUGGGAUGGACUCAGUACGGUCCCGAUGGAGAGAGGAGAAAGGUGGACUUCCCCGAUGAACGAGCCUUGGUCUUUGAUGUGGAGGUGUGCAUGGAAGAAGGACAUUGUCCCACCCUUGCAGUGGCUCUGUCGCCCAGUGCUUGGUAUUCGUGGUGUAGCAAACGUUUGGUGGAACAACGGUAUAGCUGGUCUAACCAGCUCAGUCUUUCUGAUCUCAUCCCUCUGGAAAACAGCAACAGCCUCAAAAGGCAGGACAGCCAGGAGAAGCUGGUGGUGGGACACAACGUCUCCUUUGACCGGGCUCGCAUUAAAGAACAAUACCUGAUCCAGGGAUCCCAAAUGCGAUUCCUGGACACAAUGAGCAUGCACAUGGCUAUCUCAGGACUGACCGGUUUCCAGCGUAGCCUUUGGAAGGCGGCCAAGCAGGGCAAGGGGAGAGGACUUCAACAGGUCCAGCAGCACAUCAAGAAGACAAGCAGAAAAGGCAAUGGACCCAUGGUUGGCUCUUGGAACUGGGUGAACAUCAGCAGCAUCAACAACCUGGCAGAUGUCCAUUCCCUCUACGUUGGGGGGCAGCCGUUGCAGAAAGAAGCUCGCGAACUUUUCGUCAAGGGCAGCAUGAAUGAUAUAAGGAAUAAUUUCCAGGAGCUGAUGAAUUACUGUGCCCUUGAUGUUCAGGCAACUUACGAAGUAUUCCACGAGCAGCUCCCUCUUUUCUUGAAAAGAUGUCCACAUCCCGUGACGUUUGCAGGUAUGCUAGAAAUGGGGGUUUCUUACCUGCCUGUUAAUCGGAAUUGGGAGAAGUACCUGGAUGAAGCUCAGGUCACUUAUGAGGAGCUGCAAAAGGAGAUGAAGAAGUCUUUGAUGAACUUGGCAGACAAUACUUGUCAACUGCUUCAUGAGGAGAGGUACAAAGACGACCCCUGGAUGUGGGAUCUGAAAUGGGACCUCCAAAAAUUUAAGCAAAAGAAAACGCAACCAACGAGGAAGAAAAAGGAAGACGCCAACAAAGAGCCACCCAAAGUAGAGGAAAAAGCACCUCCACUGGAGUGGCAGGAAGAUCCUGGUCCCCCGACAGAAGAAGAAGAGCAAAGCCAAAAGGCCAGCCAACAGGUUCUUCAGAGUCUAAAGGAGACGGUGAUUUUGCAGCCAAAGAGAAUACAGCAUCUCCCCGGCCAUCCAGAGUGGUAUCGCAACCUGUGUCCACGGCUCAAUGAUCCUAAUUGGGCCCCUGGACCCAGCCUUAUCAGUCUUCAAAUGAGAGUGACUCCAAAGCUCAUGAGGCUCACCUGGGAUGGCUUUCCAUUGUACUACUCUGAGAAACACGGCUGGGGCUACCUGGUGCCAGGAAGGAAGGACAACCUGUUAGAGGAAGAUCCAGACGCUGCAUUGCCCACCUGUCCUUUCAGGGUCAUAGAACAUCUGUAUCGGGAAUAUUGCAAGGGGAAAGGGAAGGAGCAACCAGUUUCCCUUGACAGCUACCUGGAAGAAGAGUUCUUAACGGAAAACGGUGAUUUUUGGCAAAAGUUUGAGUUGCUUGGCCAUGUGGAUGUGGAUACAGAUGUGGACUCCAUAACUAGAGAUCUGAGACAGGAGGAGAAGGAAUCGAGGAAGAGUUCUCCUGAAUAUCACCAUGGCAACGGACCUUACAAUGAUGUCAAUAUACCUGGAUGCUGGUUUUUUAAGCUGCCUCACAAGGAUGGCAAUGCCAACAAGGUGGGAAGCCCAUUUGCCAAGGAUUUCUUAUCCAAGAUGGAAGAUGGUACCCUGAAAGCUGGAAUAGGAGCAGCCGAUGGGACCCAUGCUUUGGAAAUCAACAAGAAAAUCUCCUUCUGGAGAAACGCUCAUAAACGCAUCAGUUCACAGAUAGUGGUUUGGUUGAAGAAAGGAGAACUGCCAAGAUCUGUGACUAGGCAUCCAGACUACGAUGACGAGAAUGCUUAUGGAGCCAUCCUGCCACAAGUUGUGACCGCUGGAACAGUAACUCGGCGCGCUGUGGAGCCCACGUGGCUGACCGCCAGCAAUGCCAGGACUGACCGGGUGGGCAGUGAGCUGAAAGCUAUCGUCCAGGCUCCUCCAGGUUACCAUCUGGUUGGAGCUGAUGUUGAUUCUCAAGAACUUUGGAUUGCAGCUGUUUUGGGAGAAGCCCAUUUUGCUGGCAUGCACGGCUGCACUGCUUUUGGCUGGAUGACGCUUCAGGGGAAGAAGAGCAAUGGCACAGAUUUGCACAGCAAGACUGCCUCCACCGUGGGCAUCAGCCGAGAGCACGCCAAGGUGUUCAACUAUGGACGCAUCUACGGGGCAGGGCAGGCGUUUGCUGAGCGUCUCCUCAUGCAGUUCAACCACCGCCUGACAGAACAGGAAGCCGGUGAGAAGGCCCGGCAAAUGUACGCCGUCACAAAGGGAAUCCGACGUUGCCACCUGUCUGAAGAUGGGGAAUGGCUAGUGGAUCAACUGGGCCUCACAGUAGAAAGAGGAGAAGAUGGUUCCAUACCCAUGCAAGACGUGUGGCGGUUGCAAAGAGAAGCAAAGAAACGGUCUCGUAGGAAGAAUUGGGACAUGGUACGCCAGCGAGUGUGGGCCAGUGGCACGGAGUCUGAAAUGUUCAACAAACUGGAGAGCAUCGCCAUGUCAGAAGCACCCAGCACCCCAGUGCUGGGCUGCCGAAUUUCUAGAGCGUUGGAGCCAGCAGCUGUUGGGAACGAGUUUGUGACCAGCAGAAUAAAUUGGGUGGUUCAGAGUUCAGCUGUGGAUUAUCUGCAUCUGAUGCUCGUAUCUAUGAAAUGGCUCUUUGAUGUAUUUGACAUUGACGGACGUUUUUGCAUCAGUAUCCAUGAUGAAGUGCGUUACUUGGUCAAGAGCGAGGAUCGCUACCGGGCAGCCCUUGCCUUGCAGAUCACAAACCUCCUCACACGGUGUAUGUUCGCCUAUAAACUCGGUCUUAAGGAUCUACCUCAAUCGGUGGCCUUUUUCAGUGCCGUAGAUAUUGAUCAUUGUUUAAGGAAAGAGGCGACAAUGGAUUGUGUCACACCAUCCAACCCAGGAGGACUGGAACAAAGCUACAACAUCCCCCAAGGCGAAGCUCUGGAUAUAUACAAACUUAUUAAAAUAACAAAAGGUUCCUUGGAAAAAGGAAAAUGAAAUUUGAUUUUAGAAGCUAACUGGGCACCCUUCCUCCCAGCGGGAUCCUCCAGAGGGGAAUCUCUUGGUCAUGGACAUCUGCUUUUUCUUCUCACUCCAAGUCAAAAAGAGGAGAACAGGCAUCUCUGUGGCUCCCAGGGCCAACGUGGUGAAUUAGAGACCAAAAGGAAAAGUUGCAAAUUUAAUGUGCCUUAACAGAAACAGGCCAUGGACAAGUCAUCAGCAGGUUGCCAAUACUGCAAGCACGGAAGGUUCUCUGUGCAAAGGAUAUGGUGAAGAAACACUUUUCCAAUAUACUGUAGAUUACUUGAGAAAGAUGGGCUCCUUGCGGGUGUUAAAACGGUGCGAAGCCAGCAAUUUGAGAAGAAACGGAGCCGCUCUCAUUUUUUUCGUCUUUUUUUCUUGGGUUCUCUGCUGGUGUUUGACUGGGCAGAUGCAACGCUCUGGAAGAAAUAAAAAAAAAGAGCACAUCGGGAAACCCACAACAGUAACCAGCAAAUGACUGAAAUAGUGCAAGCUAAACUACCGUAUUUUUUAUACGGAGUAUAAGAUGCACCUUUUUCCCCCCAAAAAAGAGGGCGAAAUUCUGGGUGCAUCUUACAUUCCAAAUGUAGCCCCGCCCAGGUUCUCAAACGGAGGUUUCAGGGGCUAAAAAAAGCCCCAAAUGGAGCUUAGAAAAAAAGCCCCAAACGGAGCUUCAGAACAGAGCUUCAGAGGCUUUUUUUUCUGAAGUUCUGUUUCGGAGGCUUUCAGAGGCAGAAUUUUUUUUUUUUCUGAAGGAGUUUUGGAGGCAGAAAAAAAAGGAAAAAAAAGCAAGGCACAGAUCUCACAACCAAGGAACCUGUUGCUAAAAUUCACCUCUGGGAACAGCUGAUUGGGGGUAUUCCGGAAGGCCAAUCCACCUGCCAAUUAGCUUUUUUCUUAUUUUCCUCCCCAAAAACUAAGGUGUGUCUUAUACUCUGAAAAAUACGGUAGUUACAUCUGUUAUACAAAUCCUCCCAAACAUUUUGGAAGGGUUUUGGGGGGUUUUUUUGGCCUGUUAAGAUACUUUUCAAGGGAAGAAACAGAAAAGAACAAUGGUAAGGAUGGAGAGCCCGCAACAAAAUGUUUCGGGAUUUGCUUUUUUUUUUUUUUUAAAUUAAAAGUAUUCAUGGAAGCAAGUAAAUGU